UCUUUUCCACGAUGACUCACCAUUAUUUUUAACCCGGGCGAUGGGAAGCGAUGGGAAUCUUGGACGCUCGAUUCCGUAGCUAGGAUCUCCCCUCCCCUCCCCCCACGACCCCCUGCCCCCCGCACCCGCUUUCCCGCAACAUGUCCGGCCCGCGGUGCCUGCAGAAGCCCCAGCUCUCCUGAGAGCAGAGAGUCCCGCCGCCCCGUCGCCGGCCUCCUCCUUCCUCCUCUUCCUCCUCCUCCUCCUCCUCCUCCUCUUCUUCCUCCCGGGCCUCCAGCACGGCCCUCCCCGUCCGGCCCCCUCUCAUGAGCCACCCCGAGGCCUCCGCCCUGUCCUGCCAGAGGAGAGUAGCGACGUCGCCCUGAGAGCCGCCUCCGGCCAGCCGGACGGUCCGGGUCCAGGACCCCCCCGCCCAGCCCCAACUAUGACAGUGGCCACCGGAGACCCUGCCGACGAAGCCGCCGCCCUCCCCGGCCACCCCCAGGACACCUACGACCCCGAGGCCGACCAUGAGUGCUGCGAGCGCGUGGUGAUCAACAUCUCCGGGCUGCGCUUCGAGACGCAGCUCAAGACGUUGGCCCAGUUCCCGGAGACCCUCCUGGGCGACCCCAAGAAGCGGAUGAGGUACUUCGACCCGCUCCGCAACGAGUACUUCUUCGACAGGAAUCGGCCCAGCUUCGACGCCAUCUUGUACUACUACCAGUCAGGGGGCCGGCUCAGGCGGCCCGUGAACGUCCCCCUGGACAUCUUCUCGGAGGAAAUCCGGUUUUACGAGCUGGGCGAAGAGGCGAUGGAGAUGUUCCGGGAAGACGAGGGCUACAUCAAGGAGGAGGAGCGCCCGCUGCCCGAAAACGAGUUCCAGAGGCAGGUGUGGCUUCUGUUUGAAUACCCGGAGAGCUCCGGGCCGGCCCGGAUCAUCGCCAUCGUGUCCGUCAUGGUCAUCCUGAUCUCCAUCGUCAGCUUCUGCCUCGAGACGCUGCCGAUCUUCCGCGACGAGAACGAAGACAUGCACGGCGGCGGGAUGAGUUUCCAUCCCUAUCCCAACAGCACCAUCGGGUACCAGCAGACCACGUCCUUCACCGACCCUUUCUUCAUCGUGGAGACGCUGUGCAUCAUCUGGUUCUCCUUCGAGUUCCUGGUGCGCUUCUUCGCCUGCCCCAGCAAAGCCGGCUUCUUCACCAACAUCAUGAACAUCAUCGACAUCGUGGCCAUCAUCCCCUACUUCAUCACCCUGGGCACCGAGCUGGCCGAGAAGCCGGAGGACGCCCAGCAGGGCCAGCAGGCCAUGUCGCUGGCCAUCCUGCGGGUCAUCCGCCUGGUGCGGGUCUUCCGCAUCUUCAAGCUGUCGCGCCACUCCAAGGGGCUGCAGAUCCUGGGCCAGACCCUCAAGGCGUCCAUGCGCGAGCUGGGCCUGCUCAUCUUCUUCCUCUUCAUCGGGGUCAUCCUCUUCUCCAGCGCCGUCUACUUCGCCGAGGCCGACGAGCGGGAAUCCCAGUUCCCCAGCAUCCCCGACGCCUUCUGGUGGGCCGUGGUGUCCAUGACCACCGUGGGCUACGGGGACAUGGUCCCCACCACCAUCGGCGGGAAGAUCGUCGGCUCCCUGUGCGCCAUCGCCGGGGUCCUGACCAUCGCCCUGCCCGUCCCCGUCAUCGUGUCCAACUUCAACUACUUCUACCACCGGGAGACGGAAGGGGAGGAACAGGCUCAGUAUCUGCAGGUGACCAGCUGCCCAAAGAUCCCAUCUUCCCCCGACCUCAAGAAAAGUCGAAGUGCCUCGACCAUAAGUAAGUCAGACUACAUGGAGAUCCAGGAAGGGGUCAACAACAGCAACGAGGACUUUCGAGAGGAGAACUUGAAAACAGCCAACUGCACCCUGGCCAACACAAACUAUGUGAAUAUUACCAAAAUGCUAACGGAUGUCUAGUGGAAACCCAUCAGCCUAUUUAAAGCUCAAGAGGAACUCACGCAAGCGUUGCGUCAUAGCCUGCCUCGUAGUUGAUGUGUUCGACGGUGUGUAAUCGGUCCUGCAUGGGAAGCCAUAGAUGUGCAAGUGACUUUUGACUUUUGAUUUUUUUUUUUUCCCGAUGUAGAAUGCAGAAUACCUACCUACCACUUUCCCGCCGGUGUCCAGCCCGGGCCUCGAGGUCUCCCGAGAGGCGGAGGGGUCUCGGGGAGGUCGGUGGGGCCCACCGAAAACUCCCGCCCGCGGCCUGGCCCCCAGGCGUCGGUGAGCUCUCCACCGUGGGAUUGCACUUGGCCCGUCGAGUCGCACACGCCCGGAGGAAGUGGUACCCGUUUAGCUUUGAAGCUUCGGUAAUUAUACGAAAAGGUCAUCCCCAUUUUGCAUUUCAAAAGACCGUACGUCCGUGUGUUUGGAUCGUUUCUGUGUCACGGCUUGGGGUUUUGAAUUUCCGUUGCCAAGCGGGUGCUCCAGAGGGUUGUGUUUCAUAACUAAAAAUGCUGCAUUGGUCUCUUUCUCUGCAGUGUCAGGGGGAGACUCAUGGGAAGGACAAUUAGCAUGACGGAGGAUUAGUGGUUAAGUCUUAAAUUUCCCACUCCAGUCCUGGGGAAUAAGCGAACAAGCGAACCAACUGAGGAACCUGCCCUCUUAGGGUUCAACCAUCCUUCGCUGUUUUCAGGAUCACCAAAGACACAUCAAUUCACGUGUUGUACCUGGAGUUUCCUAGCACCCUUCUUCUCUCAUGCCGGGGCAACCAGCCUGUGGCCUAUGAUAUAUUUACAAUGCAGUGAAAUCUAUCAGUGAUACAGUACAGCUGCAUGAGUGUUUGCUGCAUGACUCUCGAUAUUUAUUGCCCACGAGAUAUCUAUUUUCUUAGUAGACUAUUCAGUAUUCACGUUGAUAGUGUUUCUCUUCUUUGAUGGCAUUAUGGCAGGUGCUUCCCUUUGGGGGUAAAAGGGGGAGGGGGCCCUCGACCAGAGGAAAGAGGGCGGGCAAGCAGAUCUUUCUCUCUCCUCGGCAGUGCCUCCAGGCAGGGGCCUAGACACCAGGGAAGGUGACCUGAAAGAGGAGAACACCUGAGCUUGUCCUGAGACUGCACCUUAGGAAUCUGUCUUGUCAGGAGCGUGAUUUUGCAGCUGAGCGUAGAGUCUGGAGGUCGGGUGGGUCUGUGGGACCGGUGUCUAACCAGCUAUCAUCUACGUGUGCUCUGCUGUCGACCUAGCUGUAGAAAUAGUUGCAUUCAGACAUCGUAUAAGCUUAUGCAAUAUCGUUGACACGGCAGUUUAUGCAUGUGUUUGACUAUGUGCACUAGAGUAUAUAUAUAUAUAUGCAUAUAUAUAGCUAUAUAUAUGUGUAAAUUAUAUAUAUAUAUAUAUAUAUAUGUUUGCUGGAGUUAAGGUUUAGUGUGCAAAGCCAUUGUUGUCUGGGUUAGGGAACCCACAGAGACAUGGUUUUUGACCAUCACCUUUGAGACUCCAGGCUGCGUGGUUCCUUAGGCCCUUAGCAAUGUCUUUUUGCCCUCAACGUGCUGCAGCUUCAGUUGCCCUCAGCUGAAGCUUGUCUUACUCAGUGCACAGGGGCCUCUGGCCCUCCCAGUCCUCCGCGACGCCCCAACUGUCCUGAACCCCCCAGGCGUCCUCCCCCCAACCCCGUCCACCUUGCCCCCGGACAGGAUCAUUACCCUAAGGGGCCUUGACCCCUUUCCAUCCCUCCCACCCCAACCUGCUUGGUUUUCUUAUUUGCUAGCUCCAUUUCUUCCGAGCCACUGGGGGCUUUGGGAGGGGGUCCCGGAAGCACCGCCCACCCCAGCGCACCCCGAUUGGGAAUCCAUGAUGGCGGGAAUUGGGGUUCCUGACUCUGAACAGGGCAUCUUGCUGGAGAGCCAACAAAGCAGUUCAACUCUCAGUCCUACCGUCGCUUGUCUCUUGGGGAGACGGCGAAGGAGAGGAAAGCUGUGGAAGGGGGUAGGUCCUGCUUUGACUGGUUCAUUUUGACUUGGGGACUCAAAGGAGCAAUAAGUUAAAUAGGGGUGGACGUCCUCCCCUUUCCCCUACUCCCCUCGCUUUCCUCCUCCUCCUCUUUCUCCUCCCUCCUCCCUCCCCUUCUCUCCAUCAGAGCAAAGCCAUUCCCCACCUGGGUUUCAGAAAACUUUGCAAGAUCUGAGUUGUGGGUUUUUUUGAUGUUUUUUUUUCUUUAAAUGUUGUUUCAGGGGAGGGGCUAAAAAUAGAGAGAUUUACAGCAGUUCUGACAAGGAGGAGAAAAAUGACAGUUAUCUGAGAUCUGUCAGAGGCAUAAACACAAACACACCUUGAAAAAACAAGCCACACACACACACACACACACACACACCUGUUCAAACACAACAUACGGUGUAGAACCGUCACUUCUCAACUCCUGGCUCCACAUUUACAAGCACAAACAGGGAAUCACUGAGUCCCUCCCAGGUUUCUCUCACAAGGCCCCAAUUCAUAGCAAAUUCCUUCACUUUCCUUGGUCAGGGUUCUGCUGUCCCCAGUCCAACAGACUUCUCAGGACGCAAAUGCCCCCGACAUCCGCCAGGAGUGCGAUUGGGAUAGGGACAGAGGAGGAGCCUGGCUUUUUCCCAAGGACACAACUUCCAGAAGGAAACGGCCACAGCCAGUGUUCUCGCUGUGCUCCCGAGAUGGCUCCAAUGGGCCCAUUUGGAGUGGCCAAACUGAUGGCCGUCUUGGGAACCGAGAGCGUUGUAAAACAGAU